AUGCACAGCCGCUUUCCGGCAGAACGGGGCAGGGAGGCAGAACGGAGCAGGGAGGCAGAACGGAGCAGGGAGGCGGAGCAGGGCAAGGAGGCGGAGCGGGGCAGAGAGGCAGAACGGGGCAGGAAGGCAGAACGGGGCAGGGGGGCAGAGCGGGGCAAGGAGGCAGAAUGGGGCAGGGAGGCAGAACGGGGCAGGGAGGCAGAACGGAGCAGGGAGGCGGAGCAGGGCAAGGAGGCGGAGCGGGGCAGAGAGGCAGAACGGGGCAGGGGGGCAGAGCGGGGUAAGGAGGCAGAACGGGGCAGGAAGGCAGAACGGGGCGGGGAGGCGGAGCGAGGCAGGAAGGCAGAACGGGGCAGGGAGGCGGAGCGGGGCAGGGAGGCGGAGCAGGGCAGGGAGGCAGAACGGGGCAGGAAGGCAGAGCGGGGCAGGGAGGCAGAGCGGGGCAAGGAGGCAGAACGGGGCAGAGAGGCAGAACGGGGCAGGAAGGCAGAGCGGGGCAGGGAGGCAGAACGGAGCAGGGAGGCGGAGCAGGGCAGGGAGGCAGAACGGGGCAGGAAGGCAGAACGGGGCAGGAAGGCAGAACGGGGUGGGGAGGCAGAACGGAGCAGGGAGGCGGAGCAGGGCAGGGAGGCAGAACGGGGCAGGAAGGCAGAACGGGGCAGGGAGGCAGAGCGGGGAAGGAAGGCAUAG